AUUUGAUCACCUAUCCUCACUCGUUAGCUUGUGACUGCUGUGCCAUUUUAAUACGACCCUGGCGUUUAUGAUUAAACACAGUCACUCCGAUCUCACUGGAUAGGAGCAAUCAGAAAUCUCUUAACCCCCCUAAAACAAUCCGAGAUCAACAAACAAACAACAGAAAGACGGUUCAUGGCUCAAGCCAACGCUCCACCAUCUUUCACCAGACUGCAAAGAUUAUUUCCAUUUAAUCAACAGAUAUGGUUCGAAAAAAGAAUCUCCCUCUAAGAAACUUUGGUGGUGAAGGUGAAGCUCUGGAAUCGACAGGUACUGAAAGUGAGGACUCUGCUAGGAACAAAGACCUUUCUUCAGCUCUCAUGCAAGAAGACAUCAGUCAGCGAGAUGCACUAGAAUCUGACAAGACGGAGGAUCAUUAUAUGCAAGUCUCAGAGCCUUCUUCUAGCAUCAAAAAAGACUUGAAAAGCUCGGCACCGAGAGAAAGGCCUGGUUUCAAUUAUGAAAGCCACAAGAAGGGAGGAAAUGUUCCAUCCUUCCCCCAUGAUGAGGUGACAGACAGAAAUAUGCCAGCUCUCUCAACUCCAGCUGCUGGGGGAGUCUGUGAACUGCUGAAGUCUCCAGCAAGAUCAGAUCCAGAUGAUGGUGAAGACGGGGCCUGUGCCCAAUCUGAAGACCUCGGCGAGACAAAAGAGGCACAUCAGAUGUCUCCAGUGUCAACAGGCGGGGCUGUACAAGUUCAAGUUGGUCAGCUGGACCAUGAGAGCCCUGCCCUGAACAACUCUGUGGUCUCAGAACCCCCUCAAGUACCUUUUUUAGAGCUUGGCGAGGGUGUGGACAACGAAAGUCCAGACGAUGCGGCACCUUUGUCUCCAAAGCUGCAGGACUUCAAAUGCAACAUAUGUGGUUACGGUUACUAUGGCAAUGACCCCACAGACCUUAUCAAACACUUCCGGAAGUACCAUCUUGGUCUGCACAACCGCACCAGGCAGGAUGCUGAACUCGACACCAAGAUCUUGGCCCUCCACAACAUGGUGCAGUUUACCCACUCCAAAGACUUUCAAAAGCUCAACCACAGCAUGCUUACUGGGGUGCUUCAAGACAUCAGCUCCCAGCGGCCCAUGGUACUGAAUGGGACUUAUGAUGUACAGGUAACUCUAGGAGGAACCUUCAUCGGCAUUGGGCGUAAAACACCGGACUGUCAAGGCAACACCAAGUACUUCCGCUGUAAGUUCUGCAACUUCACCUACAUGGGCAGCUCCUCGACAGAAUUAGAACAGCACUUUAUAGCCACGCACCCAAACAAGGUAAAAACUCCUCCAGCAAGUGUUGACUCAAGCGACUAUAACAAACCAUCAGAGAAGAACUCUAACAAAGUCAACUGCUUGCCCUGCACCAUGGAGCCCAGUGAGCUAGGGAAAUGGCAGGACAGAAGCACCAUUAGGGCAGAAGAUGAUACCCCUAUCGGUUACUCUGUCCCAAUUAAACCCAUGGAUUCCCCCAGGCAGAACGGUACAGAUACUACUAGUUAUUACUGGUGUAAGUUCUGCAGCUUCAGUUGUGAGUCGUCCAGCACUCUAAGACUCUUAGAACAUUAUGACAAACAGCAUUGUGGAGGCAAGUCAGGAAACCCUAACAAAGAGGGCGGUGACAAAGUCUCAAGAGAAGCCCUGAUUAACCAAAACGAUAUGGGGAAAAAAACAGACGGGGAACCGAUUAGCACCACAAGGAAGAAAGAGGUAACAAGUGAGGAAAACGUGGUGACCAGCUACAAUUGUCAGUUCUGUGAUUUCAGGUAUUCCAUGAGCCACGGCUCAGAAGUGAUUAUUGUUGGGCCUCUCUUGCGUCACUAUCAGCAGGUGCACAGUAUUCACAAAUGUACCAUUAAGCACUGCCAGUUCUGCCCUAGAGGACUGUGCAGCCCUGAAAAGCACCUGGGGGAAAUUACCUACCCGUUUGCCUGCAGGAAAAGUAAUUGUUCCCACUGUGCCCUCUUGUUGUUGCAGCUGUCCCCUGGUGUGACAGGGAGUGCCAAAGUUAAGCACCAGUGUGAUCAGUGCUCAUUUGCAGCUCACGAUGUCGAUAUGCUUUUGCUUCAUUAUGAGAACAUGCACAGCUCCCACACGGCAAAGGAAGUCAAACCUGAAGAUGAGCAGCCUGGGAACGAUCAGGCACAAUUGUCAGUCAAAGAAAACAAGGAGCACUCUUGCACCAAAUGUGAUUUUGUUACAGAGAUUGAAGAAGAGAUAUUUCGUCACUACAGGAGACUACACAACUGCUGCAAGUGUCGCCAUUGUAGCUUUACAGCAAUGGAAACCCAAGCUUUACUGGAGCAUUUCAACACAGUUCAUUGUCAGGAGAUGGAAUCGGUCACAGCCAAUGGGAGUGACCUUCCCAGCAAGAUGAGCAUUAAGGAAGAGUCAAAGAAUGACAUGAAAUUGUACAGUUUGAUGCAUCCAGAGUCAAAACUGGUGGAUUCCAUCAGUGAGGCGGCAGUAAAGAGAGAAACAUUUGAAGAGAAAGAAUUGCUCAAGGAAAAAGGAUGGAGAGAGGCCUCCAAUGAGCAAGGCCAAAAUAUUAUUUGGAUUCCCAAAGAGAGAGGCAUGGAUAUCUUAAGGGGGAGUCCUUCUUACGGGCAGGGUGGCUUGGGAUUGCUGACAGCUGUGUCUGUGAACCAGGAGCAACAGAAGCCUCUCCGGGACACUCCGACCAUAGUCUUUGGGUUGACUGGAGAGUCUAACACCUUACUGCAGGGAACAGCAGCAAGCAGUGGAGACAAAGCUGGUCAUCUUACUCCCCAGUAUUCUACAACGGGCGACAGUAAAUCGAAAGAGGAAUCCCAGUCACUGUUACGGAGACGCAGAGGCUCGGGAGUGUUUUGUGCCAACUGCCUGACCACAAAAACCUCUCUCUGGAGAAAGAAUGCAAACGGUGGAUAUGUGUGCAACGCGUGUGGCCUGUAUCAGAAGCUGCACUCGACUCCAAGGCCCCUGAACAUUAUAAAGCAAAACAAUGGUGAGCAGAUCAUCCGAAGACGCACCAGAAAGCGCCUUAACCCUGACACACUUCCUUCGGAGCAGCUGACCAAGCAGCAGAGGGUAAACAGUGACGAGCAAGUGAAUGGAAGUCCCCUGGAGAGAAGGCCAGAGGAACAUCCACCAGAAGUGCACCAGCGAGAGCUGCAGCAGACUAACUUGAGCAAGCUUGAGGCAUACAGCUCGGUAACCAAGCCCCAACCCACUCCGCAGGCCUUACUAGUCAGCCAAACUUUGGAGAUCCACAAAAGGAUGCAGCCUUUGCACAUACACUUAAAAAACCCUCAGGAAAGCAGUGGAGAUCCUGGAAAUGGUUCGACUGCAGCAGAGGGGAAGGGAAGCUCAGAGAGGGGGAGCCCCAUUGAAAAAUAUAUGCGACCCUCAAAACAUGCCAAUUAUUCUCCACCAGGAAGCCCAAUUGAAAAAUACCAGUAUCCUCUGUUUGGACUUCCAUUUAUACAUAAUGACUUGCAGAGUGAAGCUGAUUGGCUGAGGUUCUGGACUAAGUACAAGAUGUCUGUUCCCGGGAAUCCACACUACUUGAGCCAUGUCCCUGGCUUACCAAAUCCUUGCCAAAGCUUUGUGCCUUAUCCCACAUUCAGCCUCCCUCCACAUUUUUCAGCCAUCGGAUCAGACAAUGACAUUCCUUUGGAUCUGGCAAUUAAACAUUCCAGGCCGGACCCAACUAUGAAUGGAGCCACCAACGAGAAGAGUACCUUGCCAAUGAAUGCAAAGGACGAGGGUCCAGUGAACGUCGAAAAAACUGAAAAGGUUGACAGAAGCACUCAAGAUGAGCUGUCAACAAAGUGUGUUCACUGUGGCAUUGUCUUUCUUGAUGAAGUGAUGUAUGCUUUGCAUAUGAGUUGCCAUGGUGACAGUGGGCCCUUUCAGUGCAGCAUAUGCCAUCACUUGUGUGCAGACAAGUAUGACUUCACCACUCACAUACAGAGAGGCCUGCAUAGAAAUAUUGCACAGGUAGAGAAGAAUGGAAAUCCUAAAGAAUAAAAAUAGCACUUCUUAGCACAAAAAAAGAAUCAUGUUUGCUAAAAGCUAAGCAGAAACUUGUACUGUCUUAGCAGUACGUAUAGCAAACUAGUGACAUUUAAUAUGUAAAGGUGUUUGUUUUAAAGCUAAAGCUAUUUGCUAUUUACACAUACUGCGAUAAAUAAUUAAAACCUUAUUUUUAAGGAUAUCUUAUUUUAGGAAAAUCUAGGUACACAACCAUUUAUCAUUUUAUUACGGGGUGUUAUCUUAGGCUAGGCAGUCUGCAAUCAAUUAAACAAUAUCUGACACAAGUAAAGCCUAUAACUUUUUUAUUAUUAAUUCACAUUCACCAUAAGUGAUGUAAAGUACAAUGUGGAUACUGUAACAUUGCAAAUACAAUUUAAGCCUGAAAAAUGUCAAGGCUCUUAAAAAUUACCAUUGCAAAGAACCCUCAGGGAAUUCACUGAACUGAGUGAAAGACACCUUUCCAUUUAGCAGUUAUUUUUUCUGGUGAAGGUAAACAAGAGUUCUGUAGGUGUAUUUUUUAUUUCAGUUGCAAAGUGUUAUUUGUGCAGAGAUAACAACUCUUAUGUAACACAUUUAAGGCAUUACAAGCUGCUGCCUACACCACUAGGAUACGACCAUUUAUUUCAUAAUUGGGAGAAGAAAUAGAAUCAAAUAGUAUUUUUCUAAUUGUUAUUAAUAUUAAACAUUUCAUAAUACUGGUGCCUGAUAUAUUGUAUAAAAUAUUUUCUUAUGCAACAAAGAAUUCACAUCAUUUGAAUGAGAGCCGAUAUUUUGGCUCUGCAUCGCUGUUUACAUUUGCAAAUGUAGCAAACAAGGUAUGAAGUAAAGUUUUCCUAUUUCAGCAUUUUUGUUUUUAAUUUUUUUUUUUCAUUGAGAUGAGAAAUGCUAAUAUAAAAUAGAUGCAUCUGUUUGUUUGUUUUUAAUGGUUUAAUAAGAAGGAAAUACCAAUAUUUUUAUGCCUAAAUACAAAAAAGGAUAGCACUAUUCAUUCCAAGCAAUGUACUUUUUUAAUCUUAAGCUCUUAAUAUGUAUUGUUAAGCUUGUAAUGGUAUAUAUCUUUGCUAAUUUUAUUUUUUCCCUCAAUAUUAUGUUUGCAAUGAAACAUUUGAGAGUGUGUUUAAUAAGCACUGUCUGGGCUCGACAGAACCAAUAUCUUACUGCUUUUCCAUUUCAUUGCCUCAUUACAGUAUAAUGCAUUAACUUAGUCUUAGUAUGAGGAACAGUGAGACCAUUUUGAUUUCACUGUUAAAUACUAUAAGUCACUAAAUAUCUUUACCCCACAAGUCAUGUUUAGCCUUUCUGCAUGUAUUUUUGAACAUGUUACAAUCAGGGCUACAUUUUCUACCAAACAAAGAUACAUCCUACAAACUCAGAGAUAUUAAAAUACAAAACUAUUUCCCUGUAAAAGACUUACAGUGCUGUAUACCCCAAGUUGUGUUGACUAUGUCCAACUCCCCUUUAUCCCAUUAAACAAACUCAUCGUGUGCCUUCUUAACAUUUAAUUAGCUACACUUUAUAGUUUCAAUGACAGAUACAGUAUUUUGUUAAAACAAAAUAAAUGUAACAAACAUUUUAGAAAUGUUUAGUAUUUCAGAAUUAAGAGGCAAUUUAGUUGCAGUGCGAGGCUGACAGGAGGGAGGGUUUGACAGUUCAACCAAGGAUGGCUAUAAACCAGUUCCUACUAGGAAAAAAAAAAAACAUCUGUCGUUGUAGUUAGGAUAAUAAUAAACAUGGUUUACGACCUGUCUUAUCAAUGCCAUAAGUGCUGUUUAUGCCACAGAUGCAUUUUCUUGCAGUAAACAUUUAAAUUUCAUAAGAUCGGUUGUAAGAAUAUCAUAAGAAUAAUAUGUAAAUGCUUACACUUCAGAUAAUAUUCAUUGUAACUGCAGAGGAAAAGAGUAACUCUGUAAUGAGCAUGCUACAUACAGGUACUGCAGUAUAAUUAUACAUACAUUUAAACAAAAUAUCUUGAUGCUCAGAAAUACAGUGCAUAAAUGAAGACGUCUACAAUGUUUACUGAUGUAACGUUUUUGCCUUUCCAGCCCAUUGAAGAUGUUUUAGGUUGUCAUAGUUCAUGUUCAUUUCUGCUGACUUUUAAACAUUCUGUUGUAUUUUUUUUCUUCAUGCAAAACCUAUUUUAGUCAGCAAGAUGUCUGUUACAUCUAAACUUGAAUAAUGAUGAUGAUAAUAAUAAUAAUAAUAAUAAUAAUAAUAAUAAUAAUAAUAAUAAAAGGUUUUUUUUUUUUUUUUUUAGUUCUGAGUCAUUUUUACACCACAUCAUUUACCUUAAGGUCAAAUGUCAGAGUACCUGGAUAACAAACAACAUUUUAUUUUUAUUUUUUAUAAAUAUAGUCAUUGCCAAUUAUUUCUAUUAUUUUCUCCCAAUUUAGAAUGGCCAAUUAUUUUUUUUAAGCUCAGCUCUCCGCUACCACCCCUGCGCUGACUCGGGAGGGCGAAGACGAACACACACUCUCCUCCGAAGCGUGUGCCGUCAGCCGACUGCUUUUUUUCACACUGCAGACUCACCAUGCAGCCACCCAAGAGCUACAGCUCGGAGGACAACGCAGCUCUCGGGCAGCUUACAGGCAAGCCCGCAGGCACCCGGCCAGACUACAGCUUUUUUAAAUGUUAUAGUAAUUAAAUAAUGACUUGAGGAGUUUGGUGAUAAAACGAAUGAUCAGGAGAUGAAUUAUUGGUAUGCACGAUUAUAUCCUCCAUAACUGUAAGUAAGAUCAUUUAAAAUAAAUUUGGUUAUUGAAAUAAAACAAAGCUACAAUGUUAACAUGUCUGCAGUAGCUAGCUAUCCACAUUGCAACAGCACUGGUUAUAGUAUCUUACUUAGCUUGAUUCAUGGGUUUGCAGCGAUCCUGAAUUGUUGUCUGUAGCAGAAGAACUACUAGAAAGUGUAUUUUGAGAAGGGAAAGCAUGUUUAGCAUGCAGGUGGUAGAGCAGACUAGAUGCACUUCUGUAAUACUGGAACUCAUUUUGACAGCAGAUACAAGUAACCAUCUUUUUUUUUUUUUAAAUAAACUUCCCAUUCACAAGUCCUUGAGUGCUUUGCUACAUAAUGCUGUUCCAUGACUAAUUUUAUAUUCAAACGGUGACUACACUCAUUCAAUCCUGGAAUGCACUGGAGUGUAUUGAAAUUGUGCCGCAGGAAAUUAAUUACGGUAUGCUAAGAGGGUCAAGACA